CCCUCCGCGGAUCCUUCCGCGCCGCGCUCCGCUCCCUCCGCCCCGCUCGCACUGUUUGGGAGCAACCGGCCGAGCCAGCGGUGCCCCGGCCCCGCCAGCGCAGCGAGGCCCCCGCGGAACGGCCCUCGCCCAGCCCCGGCGCGCACCCCCGGCCCUUCUCCCCUUCUCGUCAUGUCCCUCAAGCAAGCGGCGGCGGCGGCGCAGGCCGCCGGCAACAACCGCAAGCCCCCCGGCGGCGGCGGCGGCCCCGGCCUCCCGUCAGCCGCGGGCGGCGGGAGGCAGAACAUGGGCAGAGGUCGUAGCAGUGGCAAAGGACCACCUCAGCCUACAAUUUCUUUUGAUGGCAUCUAUGCAAACAUGAGAAUGGUUCACAUCCUUACAUCAGUUGUUGGAUCCAAAUGUGAAGUACAGGUGAAAAAUGGUGGUAUAUAUGAAGGAGUUUUUAAAACCUACAGUCCUAAGUGUGAUUUAGUGCUUGAUGCUGCUCAUCGGAAAACUGCAGAAUCCAGUUUGGGGCCAAAACGUGAAGACAUCCUUGAGAGUAUCUUGUUCAAGUCUUCAGAUUUUGUGAUGGUGCAUUUUAAAGAUAUGGAUACCAAUUAUGCAAGAAGAGAUGCUUUUACUGAUUCAGCCAUCAGUGCUAAAGUUAAUGGUGAACACAAGGAAAAGGAUCUUGAACCAUGGGAUGGAGGAGAGACCACUGCUGCUGAGGAGCUUGAGGCAUUAGAGACAGAUGUUUCUAAUGGAUGGGAUCCCAAUGACAUGUUUCGUUACAAUGAAGAAAAUUAUGGUGUAGUAUCAACUUAUGACAGCAGUUUAUCCUCUUAUACGGUGCCAUUAGAAAGAGAUAAUUCAGAAGAGUUUUUAAAACGGGAAGCCAGAGCAACUCAAUUAGCAGAGGAAAUUGAAUCAAGUGCCCAAUACAAAGCUCGGGUUGCCUUGGAAAAUGAUGAAAGAACAGAAGAAGAAAAAUAUACUGCUGUUCAGAGAAAUGCUAAUGAAAGAGAAGGACAUGGUGUGAACACGAGAGAAAAUAAAUACAUUCCACCUGGACAGAGGAACAGAGAUGUCCUGUCCUGGGGAAGUGGAAGACAAAACUCACCAAGGAUGGGCCCCUCUGGAUCAGGCCCACCAAUUUCAAGGUCUGGAUCCCAUACUUCAGAAUUCAGCCCUAACUCUGGAGCAGACCAGAGAGUAGUUAAUGGAGGUGUUCCCUGGCCAUCGCCUUGCCCAUCUCCUUCCUCUCGCCCACCUUCUCGCUACCAGUCAGGUCCCAACUCUCUUCCACCUCGGGCAGCCACCCCUACACGCCCGCCCUCCAGGCCCCCCUCGCGGCCCUCCAGGCCCCCGUCUCACCCCUCUGCUCAUGGUUCUCCAGCUCCUGUCUCUACUAUGCCUAAACGCAUGUCUUCAGAAGGGCCUCCACGGAUGUCUCCUAAGGCACAACGGCACCCUCGAGGUCACAGAGUCUCUACUGGUAGGGGUACAAUUUCAAGUGGCUUAGAAUUUGUAUCUCAUAAUGCACCAGGGGAAGCAUCUACUACUGCAGUGGCCCGAGGCAGCCCUUCAGGUGGGACGUGGUCAUCAGUUGUCAGUGGGGUUCCAAGAUUGUCCCCUAAAACACACAGACCUAGGUCUCCAAGGCAGAGCAGCACUCCCACAGGCCCAGCUCUGCCUUCUCCUCAGCCUGGUACAAUUCCUGCUGAAUCUGUUGCCAUGCCUGUCCCAGCUGCCUCUCCAACACCUGCCAGCCCUGCAUCCAACAGAGCAGUUACCCCUUCCAGUGAAGCUAAAGAUACCAGGCUUCAGGACCAGAGGCAAAAUUCUGCAACUGGAAGCAAGGAGAAUAUAAAGCCAAGUGAGACUUCUCCUAGUUUUCCUAAACCUGAAAGCAAAGGUGUAUCUCCAAUUGUUUCAGAACAUAGAAAACAGAUUGAUGAUUUAAAGAAAUUUAAGAAUGACUUUAGGUUACAGUCAAGUCCUUCUUCAGAUGCAGUGGAUCAGCUGCUAAACAAAACCCGAGAAGGUGAAAAAACAAGAGAUGUAGUUAAAGAGAAGACAGAAGCAAGCCCUAAAGAAUCUAUCAUAGAAACUGGCAGUAAUACUAACUCUAAUGGAGGCAGUAGCAAACCCAAUAGUCCAAGUAUUUCUCCUUCAAUAAGCAGUAGUUCUGAGCAAAAACGAGGGCCUGAGGUAACUUCACAAGGUGUACAGACAUCUGGGCCUGGAAGUAAACAAGAUAAAGAGGAUAAAGAGGAGAAGAAAGAUACUUCUGAGCAAGUUAGAAAAUCAACACUUAAUCCCAACGCAAAAGAAUUCAACCCUCGGUCUUUUGCUCAGCCUAAACCUUCUACUACUCCAACCUCCCCUCGCCCUCAAGCUCAGCCCAGCCCCUCCAUGGUGGGCCAUCAGCAGCCAACCCCAGUGUACACUCAGCCUGUUUGUUUUGCACCAAAUAUGAUGUACCCAGUUCCAGUGAGUCCAGGCGUGCAGCCUUUGUAUCCUAUUCCCAUGACACCCAUGCCAGUGAACCAAGCCAAGACAUAUAGAGCAGGUAAAGUACCAAAUAUGCCACAGCAACGGCAAGACCAACAUCAUCAGAGCACCAUGAUGCAUCCUGCCUCAGCAGCAGGCCCUCCAAUUGUAGCUACACCACCUGCUUACUCAACACAAUAUGUUGCAUAUAGUCCCCAACAGUUUCCUAAUCAGCCUCUUGUGCAGCAUGUGCCACACUACCAGUCUCAGCAUCCUCAUGUUUAUAGCCCUGUAAUACAGGGCAACGCUAGGAUGAUGGCACCACCAGCACACGCACAGCCUGGUUUAGUAUCUUCCUCUGCAACACAGUAUGGUGCGCAUGAACAGACGCAUGCUAUGUAUGCAUGUCCCAAAAUACCAUACAGCAAGGAGACAGGCCCUUCUUUCUACUUUGCCAUUUCCACUGGCUCACUUGCUCAGCAGUAUGCCCACCCUAAUGCUACCCUGCAUCCGCAUCCUCCGCAUCCUCAGCCUUCUGCUACACCCACUGGCCAGCAGCAAAGCCAACAUGCUGGAAGCCACCCUGCUCCUAGCCCCGUGCAGCAUCAUCAGCACCAGGCUGCUCAGGCACUCCACCUGGCAAACCCCCAGCAGCAGUCGGCGAUUUACCACGCAGGUCUAGCUCCAACCCCACCUUCCAUGACGCCAGGCUCCAACACGCAGUCUCCACAAAAUAGUUUUCCUACAGCACAACAAACAGUCUUCACCAUUCAUCCCUCCCAUGUUCAACCUGCAUAUACCAAUCCGCCACACAUGGCCCAUGUCCCCCAGGCUCAUGUACAGUCAGGAAUGGUUCCUUCUCACCCAACUGCCCAUGCUCCAAUGAUGCUAAUGACGACACAGCCACCUGGUGGUCCCCAAGCCGCCAUCGCUCAAAGUGCACUACAGCCCAUUCCAGUCUCGACAACAACACAUUUCCCCUAUAUGACGCACCCUUCAGGUGAGGAGUGUGUGCCCGGGAGACCUGCACCUUAACUGAGCCAGGUCGGAGUAGGGAGAACUGUUUGAUGAACCAGAUUUGGGGAAAAGAACCAAAAUAAUACUAAGAAAUCAAACCCACAAAAUGGCGAUGUCCUCGGUCAGGGUGACGGGCGCUGCGCUCGGCCGGCCCCGGGGUGAGGUGUGGUUGAUUUUAGCCAAGGUUUUGCUUCUCUUUUGAGCUGAAGGAGAGAAAACUGCAGACACUGGCACUGCGGGACUGUGAGCUUCCAGGGUUUUUUUUUUGCCGUGGGGGAUGGAGUGUGUGUAGCCUGCUUUAUAAUGAUCUGGGGGUUUUAUUAAAUCGGAAAGCGAUGGGUCUGGAGGAGUGGAAGUGUUGCCUGGGGGUAGGUGCCUGUUGCUGGUAGACUUCUACUCACUGAAGUAAAAUGAGAACUGAAGUCUAAAUCUUUUGAAUUCAAGAGUAACGUUCUGCAGCUUUACUUUUUGGGGAAACUAGGUGCUGUGUGACUUCUUUCUGCUUUAAAUUUAACCUGACGUAGGUUUCUUUAUGUUUCCAAACAGCCUCGAGGCUUUGGUAGUGAACUAGAUACCUGGUUUUGUUUCUUGGGGAAUGUGUGAGCAGAACAAGGCUGCUUUCUGAGGGUUUAGCUAUGGGAAAAACAAAAAAAAAAAACCCCAAAACAUCCAAAGGACAUCUUGAUGGGCAGGGUUUUGUUUUGUACAUUGGAAAAAAAAAAUAAAUAAAAGGAAAAAAAAGA